AUGUCCGCCAACGAUUAUUACGGUAAUGCCAACAGCGGCCAUGGCCAGCAGGGUGGCUACCCUCAGCAGCAAAAUUAUGGCCAGCCCCAAUACGGUCAACAAAGCGGCUAUCCUCAACAACAGCAGUACUCCCAACCUCAGUACGCUCAGCAACAACAGCCUCAAGGCCAUGGAAGCUACAACCAACAGCAACCUCAAUACUCUUCCUACUCCCAACAGCCCAGCUACAACUCCCACUCUCCCACACCACAGCAGGGCUAUGGCCAGCAGCACGGCUCAUCAUCAUACCCUCCCCAGCAUCAGGACAACUCUCAGUAUGGUGCUUCCGCUUAUCCCCAGCAAGGCGGCGCUCCAGGCCAGUAUCCUCCCGGGCAACCCGGUCCCGACGGUGAUCGUGGUCUCGGAGCCACUCUCAUUGGUGGAGGUGCUGCUGCUUGGGCUGCGCGCACGUCUGGAGGUGGUCUUCUCGGCAGUCUCGGUGCUGCGGCGGCUGGAGCCAUUGGAGCCAACAUGCUCGAGAACAAGUUCAAGAAGGGCAAAAAGAACAAGAAGGAUAAGAAGCACAAGAAGCGUGGUAUCGACGGCAGCUCCAGCAGCAGUGACUCCGACUAA